AUGCGCUCUUUCAUCGUUCUCGCCGCCCUAACGGCAACCGGCGCAGCUCAGUUGAUGUCUCUAUCCGACCUUGCCAGCAUCCCUGUUUCAACCGUUCAGACUGUCCCCAUCGGUGUUGGCAACCAGACUGUUGCAGCCUCAAAACGGAAUGUCAACAAGUUGGCAGCUCGCGGCGACUGCAGCGCCCUUCCCGCAGGCAGUGGCCCGGUGCCCUCUAACGAUACGGACUCGGCAUUCCUCGCCGACACGGACUUAUCCAACGCCGCUUUGGCGGCCGCCACCCCAUCCGGAUGGUACCAGACCUUCCAGAACCUCCAGUCUGCGACCUCUGCCUCAGCCUACAUGGGAUACAAGACCUACGCAACCUAUAGCCCUGCCCAGUGCGCAGCUGACUGCACUCAAAUGUCGGGCUGCGCGGCUUUCAACCUCUUCUUUGAGAGAGAUCCGAGCCAAGAUCCCGGCACCGCAUGCCCCAACCCCCCGAGCACGACUGUAAUCAAGUGCAGCUUCUGGGGUGUCGGAAUCGGUCCGUCCACUGCCACGAACAAUGGCGAAUACAGGAACGACUUCCACGUCGUAAUUGCAGGCUCGAACGGAUACCAACUUACAGCGCCCGACUAUGCCGUCUCUGGCUACAACUCGACUUUCACUGACACGGCCACCAUCAACGCCCCGAACGACUGCAACAGCUACAUCACGUACAAGGCUCACACCAACGGAGCAUACGACCCUUCUCUCUGCGCUGCCGAUUGCGCUGCUCAGAGACAGGAAACCAAUCCGUUCAACGGUUUGACUUGCCGCUUCUUCACCAGCUACUCGCUUGUCAAGAACGGCGUCGUCCAGGCUCAAAUCUGUGCUUUGUACUCGCGUACCUGGGACAAGAGCUACGCUGUCAACACGGGAUACACAUCCGGCUCGGACGUCUACACGAUCCAGUACGCUUACUCUUACACCUACACAUCUGAUAUGGGCAACUUCAACUGCCCUCAAGGCAACGCGGCCACCUCCGCCACCUCUGCCACUUCGGCCACUUCGGCCACUUCGUCCACUUCAUCCACGUCGUCCACCUCUGUGAUCGUGACACCUUCCACUCUUUCCACAUCCACCACCUCGUCCGCUGCCACCCUGACUACAUUAAGCAGCUCAUCCACUUCCCUUAUCGGUACUUCAACCUCCACCACCAUCAAAACUACCACCUCGUCCUCCGCGGUCUCAACAACCAGCAGCACGGCGGUCUCCAAUGGACCUCUUACUGCUUGCCCCAGCCCAUUGAGUUAUAUUGUCGGCUCUCAGGGUGGCUUGUAUGCUGUCUGCGCCAACACCGACUUCAUGAUCCCCAGCCCCCAGAUCUAUUACGGCUACAAGUCUAAUCAAGACUGUGCCACUGCAUGCGAGGCGCAAUCAGGCUGCACCAAGGCCGUCUACAACCCUUCCACUCAGAUCUGCUAUCUGAAGGGUAGCCCGAGUGUCGCCGCCUCGAAUUGGAACGUCAACGCGCCUUUUCAGACCCUCGUGAAGGUCACUGACGGUACUGCUCUCACCAAGUGCUUGGCGCCCACUUACACCGUCAACUACCUGGGCACCACCUACCAAGUCUGCCCCAGCAGUGACUUCACCAACAACCCUGCCACGGACAUUUGGUACCUCAUCCCCAACGACCUCGCCUGCGUUGCCCUCUGCCGCUUGAGGGCAGGAUGCACCAAGAUUGUGUACAACUUUGUCACAAAGACCUGCUACAACAAGGGCAACCCGUCCCUGGCCAACACCGGAUGGCACGUCAACACUCAGUUCCGCGCCAUCUACAUCAACUAA